AUGAAUGACAAAUAUCCAGCUUACAUCAACGACAACACAGCUCCACCUACAAUCUCAUUACGUGAUUACGAUGAUGCAGAAUGGGCCGACACUACCUGUGUCGAUUUCCAGCCAGAUUCACAACGUUAUGUCAUUGUUGAUUUGGAACAAAAUGAUUAUAUUGUGGCACAUAUUGACCCGAAUGAUAAUAAAGUGUUGGAUAUUAUUUUCUCCAGUGCCAAGGAAACACAUGCUAAACAACAGCAACAGCAGCAACAGUAG